AUGCCAACUUUAAAACCAUUCAAAGGCGAUGUCUACCUUUGGGAAUACCUCCCCAGCCUUCCAGGCGCCAUUGCGUUUACUGUUCUUUUCCUUAUCAUCACAAUACUCCAUGGCUGGAGAAUGUAUAGGACUAAGUUAUGGUUCUGUAUACCCUUUUUCAUCGGCGGUGUUUGCGAAGUUUUAGGUUACUUCUUUCGAGCCAUAGCCGGGAACGCUACAAAUUCUCUCGCUAUUUACAUCAUGCAAUCGCUGUUCCUCCUUCUCCCACCCGUCUUCUUCGCAGCAACGCUCUACAUGGUCUACUCCCGCUUGGUCAGAGCUAUCGGCGGGGAAAAGUGUUCUCUGAUUUCCAUUCGCUGGACUACUCGCCUAUUCGUCAUUGGGGAUUUUAUCACGUUCAACAUCCAGGGCAACGGUGGCGGUUUGUUAGCCAACGAAAAGCUUGCUCAUAUUGGAAACAUCAUCGUCAUUGCCGGUCUAAUCGCCCAGAUCCUACUCUUUCUUGCCUUUGUCAUUUGCUGUGCGGGUUUUCACAAAAGAUUCCGGGCUUAUCUGCGUCACACGAGUAUUCCUGUGGAAAUUCGCUGGGAAGCGUAUCUCAAUAUGCUCUACUUUACUUCUGUUCUUAUCCUGGUGCGGAAUAUUUUCCGAGUGGUUGAGUUCAUCAUGGACAAGCAGGGAUAUUUACAACAGUACGAGUGGCCGACUUUUGUUUUUGAUUCUGUCUUAAUGCUUCUGGUUAUGGUUGCAUUUUAUAUUUGGUACCCAGAUAAUCUUGUCUUGGCGAAGACCGACCGCAAUGGGUACGAACUUACAGGUAGCUAG